UAGUUCUCUCUCUCUCUCUCUUAUAUAUCCCCAUCAAGCCAGUUGGAAUAUAUUAAGAAGAAUUUAUAAGCUUUCCUCCAUUGAAUUCAUCCUCCUGUGUUGCAAUGAGGAAGCCAGGAGAUCAUCCAAUGGGGAAGGAAAAGGCAAACAAUUGUAAUAAGAUGAGUAAGCUUAGGAAGGGUUUAUGGUCACCAGAAGAAGAUGAGAAGCUGAUGAACUACAUGCUAAGGAAUGGGCAUGGCUGUUGGAGUGACAUUGCUCGGAAUGCCGGUCUCCAGAGGUGUGGCAAGAGCUGCCGCCUUCGCUGGAUUAAUUACUUGAGACCAGAUCUCAAGCGCGGCGCCUUUUCGCCACAAGAAGAAGAGCUCAUCAUUCAUUUGCAUUCCAUCCUUGGCAACAGGUGGUCUCAAAUUGCGGCACGUCUACCAGGAAGGACAGAUAAUGAAAUAAAGAAUUUCUGGAAUUCUACAAUAAAGAAAAGGCUGAGAUCGAUCAACAGUAAUGCUACUACUUCCACACCCUCACAAAACAAGGGUAGUGAUCAUCUAUUAGAGGGUACUAGAGAUGUGAUGCAAGGUAUAAUGUCCAUGCAUGAACAUGACAUCAUGACCAUGUGCAUGGACUCAUCAUCCUCGUCGUCUUCCUCGUCCAUGCAUGGCCUGGUUGGUCCUUUCGACUACUCUUUCAAUACUCUACUAGACAAUGGGCACGACAUAACCGGUGCAUCGGCUUUACUCAAUGUGUCAACAUGCUUAGCACAAGUUGGUGAGGAGGAUAGGUUUGGUGGAGAUUGUGGGAUUCAUGUAGAACCAGGUUUGAUGGGAUUUGAGAGUGACAACAUUUCUAUUCCUCCAUUAGAGAUUAGGGGUGUUUUAGAGAAUAAUCAUGAUCAUGGAAUGGGACAUUGCACCUUUGAUAAGAAAACCAAUAGCAACCACCACUUCAAUAAUAAUGGUCAUGAAAAUCAGAGCAUCAAAGUAGAAGAGGACUUGUUUGGUUUUGCAAAUCAUUGGGAUGGAGAAAACUUAAGAAUGGGAGAAUGGGAUUGUGAGGGUUUGUUGGAAAAUGCCUUCUCCUUUCCUUAUCUUGAUUUCCAAGUUGAAUAACUGCCUUCCAUCCUUUCCUCUCUCUCUCUCUCUAGAUCUCUCUCUCUCUCUAAUAAGGCUUUUCAAAUCCAUGUCCUAGGAAAUUUUGGAGAAAACAAUUCUUUUGAAUAUUUCCAAACAGCCCUUUAUGCAUUUGGUUUGCUAUAUAUACUUUUCUUCUUGAUAUAUCCACUUAGGAGACCUUUGUUCUUUCAGCCAUGAAAUCCACCAUCUUUUUUCACAAUAUGCAAUAAAUGUGUUACAAAUUGGACAUAUGGGUAGUAGAGAUUUUUUAAAAUGUAUGUAUCUCCUAGUGAGGGCAGAUUGGUUAUUUUGCGGAUUUUUUUUGGAGCUGGUGCAAUAAUCAUUUCCUUUAUGAAGCCAAAUGUGAAUAGUGAAAUGUAGUUUGGUGAUUUGUAGCAUUCAUGUACAAAUGGAAUAAUGAGAUGGUGGAAAUUGUUACUAGUGGGAAUCAUAUAUAUGUGUAAGAACUGGAAAACUAUGGUAGAUUUGUAUUCUAUAUACAUUAAUAAAAAUUAGAAUUUCUUCUU